GGUCGAGCGAACGGCAAGCUGUUCAGUCGUCAGUUGCACAAUGGCGCGUACGGUUGGUGUUGCUCGCACAUUUUCUUCGUGUUGUCGCCGUCGUUUCUGAGCGGAGGUCGGCCCAAGUCCUUUUGGACCGUCCCGAUUUACAAUAGAAUCAUUUCUGCUUCUUUGUUUAAAUCAAUCCGCUGGGAAACAAUUAGUCUUAUUCAUUCUGACUCGAAUUUGACACUGGUAACACUGAAGAAUUUAUUAAUUCGUGUAAACGAUUUAUACGAAUUUUUUGUUGGAAGAAGAAGGAUUAUUCAUCAUUAGUUUCUCAUGAGAGAAGGAUUAAUUCGUUCAGAAACGAACGGCGACGUACAAAAUCAAAUAUACUUGAGGAUAACUGUAACUGAAUGACUGGGGUAUCAACAACAUGCAGUUUCUUACUCCGUCCAGGGUUACUAGUUGAUGUAACAAACGAAAAGUGUUAAAAGCUUAAAAAAUUGAUAAAAAGUGAUAUGAACUGUUAAUAAAUAUUUUAAAUUACUACACAGUUACCUGAAAAUUGUUUUUAAAUAAUUAACUUGGGUAAAGAUGUAUGAAGCCAUGAUGUUAAUAAUGCAAUUGUGGUUCGUAUAAAAGUGUAAAAAGGAUUAACAGAUACUACAAGUGGUGACACACACAAUUGUGUGGUGAAGAUAGAUAAAGUUAUAGUAGGGAGUAUAACGAUUAAAAGAAGAAAAAAACUGACUAGAAAUAAACACCAGCAAAGUGUUCCAAUUCUGCGAAGGUCAUUAUUGUCAUUGCGAUUAUACUCUAGUGUGGAGUAAACGUUAAUUGUGGUUGGGACAAUCAAAGAGUGCGCUAAGUAUUUCAGUGUGUGCCUAAAAAACUGAGAAAUAAAAAGCUAACGUGUUCUCGUGCAAUAUGAGAUUGGCUAAUCGUAAUUUAACAGUGACAAGAACUAACAACGGCAAGUUCCUGGUCAAUACCAACGGCCAUCAAGAUGUCAAUCAAUCAAGUUGCGAGGAAACAGUACCUCCAGUUGUAUUUCCAAGCUGUGAAUCAGUUCCAACAGCUCAUCAUGGUCCCACGAUCCUUGGAGACAGAUUCCUACUUGUUGGACCGGCUGAGGGCAGUGCUCUCUACCGAUGCGUUGAUGUUCAAACCGGUCAACAACUCGUUGCCAAGGCUCUCGCGGCAAGCGACAAAGGCGGUGAAGCUCUUUUACAAGCUCACCUCAGAUUGGAAGGUACAGAAGCAGCAAGUGGAGUUGCUGGGAUUGUAGAUGCUUCUGGAGGUAAGAGAUACUUGCUUCUGGAAGGCCAUCAUGGUGAUCUUCAUGCCUACGUCAGAGUGAGGAGGAGACUGAGGGAGCCCGAGGCGAGGCGACUUUUUCGACAGGCUGCUAAAGCAGUUGCUAAGUGCCACGAGAAUGGUGUUGUACUUAGGGAUCUCAAACUCAGGAAAUUCGUAUUUGCUGAUGAAGCAAGAACAUGCCUACGUUUAGAAAGUCUCGAAGAUGCUGUGAUUGUUGAUGAAGAUGAUGAUAAACUGACAGACAGGCGUGGAUGCCCAGCAUACGUUGCGCCAGAAGUUCUCCGUUCUGGCAGAGCUUAUUCAGGCAAAGCAGCUGACAUAUGGUCGCUUGGAGUACUUUUGUACACCAUGCUAGUUGGUCGUUAUCCCUUCAAUGCUGUUGAACACGCCUCACUGUUUGCUAAGAUCUCACGAGGACAAUUUGCUGUGCCAGAUGCACUGAGUGCACGUGCGCGGUGCUUAAUUCGUGCAUUGUUAAGGCGGGAGCCAUCAGAAAGACCAAUUGCUGAAGAUGUUUUGAGACAUCCUUGGCUGUCGAAACCACUUCUUAGUGUUUCCCACAUUACCGGCAGAGUAUCUAAUCACGAUCAGCUCGUUCCUGAUUCGACCAAUUGCUCUCAAGACUGAUUUCAUGAAUAAUAUCGUAAAUAUUCCAAUUGCGUACGUUUCAUGGGAAUUUAUAGAAAAAAAAUUUAUACCAUUUUGUAUCCUGUCAAGGAUAAUUUUGUUAUCAAAUUCUCAAGAACAAAGAAAAUCGAAAUUAUCGUUUAUAGUUAAACGAAGUAUUUAUGACAUGAAGCGGAAGGUACGCGUUUUUUUAAAAUUAUCAUUCGUGAGUAAUCUUGCAUUCAAACACGACUGUACGCAUUAUUUAAUGUUUUGUUUUAAUUGAUAAUGUUAAAUGUAAAUUUAUUCUUCCAUACCUUGGGGUAUAUAAGCCAGAGCGUGUUCCAGAUCAACAGAGUCUGAGUACAUCGCGUUUGCAUAACGAUGGAAAUACGUCGAAUGUGAAUGUAAUUAUUUGUAAACCAAUUGCUUUAUAAGAUGAAACAAGUGAAAGUCUUCGUUUCGUUCGAUACCUUUAACUUCCUUAUUAAAUGUUUCCAAUUUUUGGAACAUACGGCUGAAUAUUAUAAUGCUUUAUUUCAUGGUGAGAUAUUGUACAUAUGAAAUUUAAUAAGUUUUAUGUUAAAGAGUUACAAAACUCAUAAGUGAUGUAAAUAAAUAGGUAGUAAUAAAUGAACGUAUGUGACUCAUUAUAAUUA